AUGACGACCACCUUGCCUCGAAGCAUCGUCGGGUCCAAGCGAUCCGGCUUCUCCCUGAUCGACCCGCAAACAGAGCUCUUCCACCACAGGGUCGGCCGAGCACAACAUGUGGCCAUCUCAUACGUGUGGAGCGACUGGACCGACGCACAGGAUGCGAGAAACCCUCUCCGCCAUUGGCCUGAACUGCGAGAGAGACUUCUGAAGAUCGUCGGGCCCGGCGCCAGCACGUUCAUGAAGAUAUGCAGCGGCCAAGCGACGCGCUGCUGGAUCGACUGCAAGUGCAUCGACCAGGACUCGGCCGACGACAAGAGCUACUGGGUGCCGCGAAUGGACGAGAUCUACUCUGAGGCGAGGUGUACGGUGCUGUUGCUCCGAGACGUCGACAUCGCUGCUCUCCAGAAGGCCGAGGCGCUCCUGGGCUGCGAUGUCGACGAAGACGACAACAACCACUCCUGUCUCCUGACGCAGAGUUGCGUUUCCGCCACGCUGGAUGAGGAGCUGGAGAGGAGUUGCGUGGACAGCCUGCAUUCAGUCUCCAUGGCGGCAUGGCGGAAACGCGCAUGGAUUUUCCAGGAAAUCCUCCUGAGCAAAGAGUACAUUCUCACCGACGGCCAUGGCGGCGAGAUCAAGCUGUCGGACGUGGGCACCAUGACCUCGCUCCUCUUCCGCACGCACCCAGACCAACAAUGGCUGGGCGAGCUGGCGAGCUGGUGCCGGCGCAUCUUUCGCCUGCGGGCGUAUUACUUCAACUACACGCUCUGUCCGUCCAACGUCCUCCAGCUGGCCGCGUCUCUCGAGGCGACGUUGCCGUGUGAUAAGUACUAUGCGCUCUGCGGCAUCCUGCGCCUGAAAUCCAUCCAGUACCAGAGCACCCACACGGAACACGACGCCCUGCAGAAUAUCCUGGUGACCUUGACCGCAAAGGGGAGGUUCUCCUGGCUAUGCGCCAUCCCUCCCAGCCCCCCCGACAGGGCGAACAGUCUUCACCUGGACGGCCCGCUGCUGCCGUACAUUGAGAACCACCUCGACCUGCACUCGACCUGGUAUGGGCAGCCCGAAAUCUCACGGUCGACGGUCAGCUUCAGCUGCUACCACGUCGGACUCGUGAAGGAAGCGACUCCUCUCGCAGAGCGCAUCGAAGAGGCUGCGCGAUAUGCGGACCACAUCGCCGACUUGUCUGCCACCGACAUCCCGCGCCACCUGGCCGUCCUCCCGCCCCUGCUGCUGCGCAUCUGCCGCGACGCGAUCCUGCCGUUGGUGACCGAGCCGAUCCUGUCGCGUCUGUGCAAGGUGUUCCAGACGCCGCCGAAGGACGCGGGAUCCACGAUCCUCAUGAAGCUGCUGACGCUGCGAGAUCCAGCCUCGUUAUACGAACAACCACCACCACCACCACCACCACCACCACCAUUACCGCAGCAACCUCCACAUCGCACAAAGCCUACCUCGGUAUCAGAUGUCGACAUGGCCGUCGCCGCAGCGCGAUUGAUCCAGCACCACGUCGACGAGGUCAAGAAAGAUCUGGACCUGAUCAUCUGGACCCCGUUCCAGCAGAGCCGCCGCCGUCGCCGCAAGGAGGACCAGACCGAACACGAUUACUACGCCAUCGGGACGAAAGGGUGCGUGGCGGGCACCGACGUCUUCCACAUCCGGCAAUACCCGCUGCUCUUCGCCGCGACGCCUGUCCGCGAGCAACAACAACAACAACAACAACAGCACCACCACCAGAAAGAAGAUGAAUCCUCCCCUUCCUCCUCGCUCCGGUGUGUCUGGCACACGGUGCUGCACCAGCCGGAGAACAAGGAAACACGCUUCACCACAGCCACGGGUCGCACCACGCUGCUCUUUCCUCUGAGGCGCCACACCUGGACGAAGUACCGCUUGACGAUGCAGCUGGAGGUGCCCUCGGAGACAUAG